UGCGAACUAGAGUAGUGCCAUUGAAGUGAGUCAUCUAACGGCGUGACCUGAAGAAUUAGCACUAAAGUUCGCUUACUCGCCAAAAUCAGUUCAGCAAAGUCCAGAGCGGUACACUCAUCGCUGCCGUGAGUCACAGCUGUAGGGACAGGGCUAAACCUGCGAGAACACCGAGUUCACUGAAGUACAAGUUUACAACGGGAAUAUCAAUUUAUUGGACUAUAGGAGACAUUUGAGAGCACCUUCGCUAAUAAUAGAAUGUUAUUGUAUCUGGAUUAAUGUACCUACUAUAGCCUACAGACCAUAAAGAAGUAUUCUUGAUAUUAUGUGUAGAUUAGGCAUAAAGGAAUCGCUUUGCUUGGAAGUGCUUAUUUGCCACUGAAGACAAUCUGAUCGUGUGGGAACUCAUUGUCAACCUUUUGAAAUUUCCUCCUAUUUCCCUGGAUCAUGUACCAGGAUUACACAGGGACAUACGACACAUCAUCCCGCGGAAGCAGCAGCUCACCGGCGCACCCAGACAACAGCCCCAUUCCUGUUUCCAACUACCAGAAAUACAGAGGAGACAUGCCUGGCUCUAGCAGUGCCUUUAUUCCAACCAUUAAUGCCAUAACUACCAGUCAGGACCUGCAAUGGAUGGUUCAGCCCACUGUAAUCACCUCUAUGUCUAAUCCAUACUCCCGGCCUCAUUCAUAUGGUAUGUCUGUGUCUAGUGGCCCAACCCUUUUUGGCAACACAGCCCUCACACGGCCCGGGGUCAUCCGAUCCAUCGGCGACACCCGAGGACGACGCAAGAGAGAUGAGCAGCUCACUCCAGAGGAAGAGGAAAAAAGAAGAGUUAGGCGAGAAAGAAACAAAUUAGCUGCAGCUAAAUGCCGGAACCGGAGAAGAGAACUAACUGAGAUGUUGCAAGGGUCCAAGAAAAGAGAUUUACGUUGGAGACGAAAGGAUGUCAUCAUUUGCUUUGGGGAAACAGAGAAGUUAGAAGAGGAGAAGGCUGACCUGCAGAAGGAAAUAGAGACACUCCAGAAGGAAAAGGACAAGUUAGAAUUUAUGUUGGUUGCCCACAACCCAGUGUGCAAACUGCCCCUUGAGGAACGACAGAAGAGCUCUCACAGCCAGCAGUGUGGACCCCUUCCUCUGACCCUGCGCUCCAACCUGGUUUCCCGGGGCCUAAUGAAGACUCUGAACCCAGUGGUAGUGAAGCAGGAGCCUUUGGAGGAAGAUGAAGAAGAGGAGGAGGAGGGAAAAGCACAACAUUCAGUCAUCAAGCCUAUCUGCCUGAGCAGUGGCAUGUUUUGUUCUGAUGGAGACAGCCUCAACACACCUGUGGUGGCUGCCUCCACACCGGUGUCCACCCCCAGCAACCCCAGCCUCAUCUUCACUUACCCAAACAUGCUGGAACCCGAGAGUCCCUCACCCUCGUCGGAGUCCUGCUCCAAAGCACAUCGACGUAGCAGUAGCAGCGGCGAUCAGUCUUCAGAUUCCCUCAAUUCUCCUACUCUGUUGGCGCUCUGAAGGAAGCUUUUAGGAUCUCCAUGGCACUCUCAGCUGGGAUUUGAAGCUCUAUGAAGCUGAGAAACCUUGAAGGGCUAAUUUGCUCAUUAUAAUGUUUUGGUUUUUGUUUGUGAUUUGUUGUUGUUUAGAUGUAUGCACAAAUUUUAAACGCUAUUUCAGCUCUGAAUAGUGGUGAGGUUUCUCAAUACAAAUAGAAAGUGGGAGGAAAGCUUGCAUCAUUUUAUCUUUAAGAUAAUCUUGCAGUCAGUGCUUAAUAAAGCUAUUGGCCCCCAGUUUGGAAGCAUGGCUGGUUACUAUUCUCUGCUAGCCAUCUGAUUUUAAACAGAGCAAAAUUGUAAAACGUAAUUACUGAUAGGUACUGAAUCCAAUAUUGGACACUACGCUAGACGACUGCUGCUCAAAACUUUCGUACUUGUGAUGUGUGAUUUUUGUCUCAUUGUAUUUUGUCUCCUGCUGUUUAUACUUUUUAGGAUUCACUAGAUGAGCCUAAAUUCCAGAUGUUAAAAGAAUAACCUUCUAAAAUAAAAGGCUGUAUUUUGUUGAUAUUUUGUAUAUGAGGAACAAGUGCUAUCAAAUUUUGCCAAAUUUACAUACCUUUUUAUAUGUUAAAAAGUAAAAAAAAACACUCAUUAGCAUCAGUGAAUCUACUGUCAGGGAUUUUUGUCUUACAAGCCAUACAAGCAUUAAUAGAAGCAAUUGCACAUAGAAAUCAAUAAUUAAAACAUAAUAUAUGAGUAUAAAUAAGGGAAACUCCAGCCAUAUUAGGCUCUGCCUCUUACCCUGACAUUGCAAUACUGCUUUUCUAUUGGCGCACACUGUGUUUAAAAAAAAUAAUUUAACUAUGUUUAACUUUUAUAAUAUAUACUUUUAUGUAUUGACUGGUAGAUGCCCUUUUUGCAGGGUACAGUUUGAACUGAUACAUAUACCAGCUAUAUGGGCACUUCUCCCUGAAACACUGGUUGGCUUUAUAGCUGCACUUGGGAACAGAUGCACUUUUUUAGCAACCUUAUAAUCAAAUAAAAUGCUAUUACUUUACAAAGUCGGAUAACAUUGAAAAUUUGAAGCAAUAGGUGAGUGUAUGUGUUUUGGACACUGAAGAAAAAUAUUUUUGAAUAAACUCUUGAAAAACAUUCCUUGGAAAAGAGACUGAACUUUAAAGAGAACUUGAGUUAUUGUUUGUUGUCACUACAGUCAGUUACUGACUGAGCAUCAACAAGAGUGUUUUGUUGUACUGGAUGCAGCAAAAAAAAAAAAACCAGUUUGCUUGACUUGUUUCUGUUUGUGGGACUUCUAUAUUGCUUAUUUAUUUCUGGAACUUUAGUUAAAGGGAAAGUUCACCCCAAAAUGAAAAUUCCUUAUGUUGUUAAACCUGUAUGAGUAUGUUUAUUCUGUUGAACACAAAAUGUAACAACCCAGUUGAUGGUCCCCAUUGACUUCCAUAGUAGGAUUAACAAAUACUAUGAAAGUCAAUGGGUACUUUCAACUAUGUCCUUAUCAUCUGAUCAAAAAAAUUCUAGCAUUGAUAAAAAAAUCUUUAUUUUUCUACAAUAUGAACAAACUCAUAAAGGAAAGAUGGCAGAAUUUUUUUUGGGGGGGUUAACUAUCCCUUUAAACUUGAUUAAACACCUAUAAAAAGUAAGAGAUUUUAUUUGUGAAUUUAUACCAAAAAAGAGCAAAUGUCUGAGGACAGUGUGUUAUGUUGUCAGUCUUUAAACCCAGUGUAAUUUAAGCAAGCAAUUUGUACAGUUUUCUGCAUAUGUACUUCUCUGUCUGUAUUUUCUCUUUUAAUAUAUUGCUUUAACUCUUAAAAGACAGAAAAUAACCAACAAAAAACAGCAAUAUACAAAGCUUUGUUUGUUUAAUUGGUCAUUUAAAUUGAUUACGACAUAUGAACAUACCACUUUGGAAACAUUUUUAUUAUGUAUUUUGCUUGUGCACAGUAUUUGAAUAUGUUGGAUUAUCAUUGUUACAUUGUGGUGCUUUUGUAUUUGCUUUUUUCAUCAAUGCUGUUAAUUUAUGAUUUACUCAAUUAACAUGAAGAUAUAAGCAUCUUGAUAUUGGAUGGUAUAGCUCUAAAUCUGUCAUUAAACUUUAGUAGACCGCUUUGUUUAAGAUUUGUUUAGCACCAAUUGAUGUUAAUGAGAAAUAUUAGGAACACACACACACACUUGUUUUGUAAAAUGCAUAAAAACAUUACUUGAUGAAUGGAUAAAGGAAAGAAAACACGCUGUAAAAAUAUGCAGCAUUUUUGUCAAAUCAACAUAUAUUUUUAUGUUACUUUAACUUAUUAAAUCAAGUUGAAAUUGUUUAAUAGCCAAAACCUAAAACCAAGUUGUUUUAACUUUAUACUGCAUUUUUUUCACAGCGCAUUAAUUAAAAUAAUCUAGGUAUGUACAGUAUGUUUGAUUUAAUUUGAGUGUAGUACAUCAAAUACAAAUCUACCUGCUCCUUUCAUCCGUGCUGAUAAAACUGUGCUUCUGCUCUAGUUCAGACUAUUAAGACAUUGCAAGCUGCACCUUAUGUAGAAAAUUCAAACAUUGCCCAGCAAGUAACACUAAAUUGAGAAUGUGUUGAUUUGCCUAAAAAAAUGCAUUUGUACAUUUUACUUUAACCUAAAAAUCCCUAUAUACAACUAUCAUUUCAAACAUUUAUGUUUUGGUUAAAGGUGCAUUAAUUUUACUUUCUUAUUAUUAUUUUACAUUAUUAUUAAAUAAAUAAUUUGCCAUGCUGAGGUUUUGGUAAGAAUCAAAGAAUCAAGUCAUUAUUGCCUGUUUUGCAGUUGUGUAUUGAAAUGUAGACCAUAUUCAUGUGUUUAUGUGGAAAUCUAUUAUUUUUAAAUAAAUCUUUUUGAAAAUGUG